GUACAUUUCGAAACGCCUUAGUUUUUCGCCUGUUGGUGGAUUCUGUUCCUCUCGGCUUCCUGUAGUACUGCUGUGGCUCACAGACUGCAGUUCCACGUCACCGGGAUGUUGCAGCGCUGAGCAGCUGGGUAGCCCAGUGAGCUGAGAGUGAAGCUGAAGAAGGGAGGCAAAGAAAAGGAGAAAAAACGAAAAAUAAAAACACACUUCAUACAUGUAUAGUAUUACCUUAUUUACAUGUAGAUUUUGCAGUAUCCGUGAAUGUAUAUAUUAAAGCAACCUUUCUAUUGAAGCUCCAUAUCAUUCAUUACUCAGUGUCUCUUCAGAGCUGAUUUGUCAUUGAAGUUUCCUCCCAUUAAUAGCUUUACAAAGCCGGCAAAAUGACAGCCGCAGAAAACGUUUGUUACACCCUCAUAAAUGUCGCCAUGGACUCAGAACCUCCAUCGGAAAUAAGUAUGAAAGCGGACCUUGAAAAAGGAGACAUCAAGUCAAAAACAGAGGCCCUGAAGAAGGUGAUCAUUAUGAUUCUGAAUGGAGAGAAGCUUCCAGGGCUUCUGAUGACGAUCAUUCGCUUUGUCCUACCUCUUCAGGACCACACGAUUAAAAAGCUCCUGCUGGUGUUCUGGGAGAUAGUGCCCAAGACCACCCCUGAUGGUAAACUGCUGCAGGAGAUGAUCUUGGUCUGUGAUGCUUACAGAAAGGACCUACAGCAUCCCAAUGAAUUCAUCCGUGGAUCCACCUUGCGCUUCCUUUGUAAACUGAAAGAGUCAGAGCUGCUGGAGCCCCUGAUGCCAGCAAUCCGUGCAUGUCUGGAGCAUCGGCACAGCUAUGUGCGCAGAAAUGCUGUCCUAGCUAUUUACACCAUUUACAGAAAUUUUGAAAAUUUAAUUCCUGAUGCUCCUGAACUGAUCCACGACUUCCUGGUAAAUGAGAAGGAUGCCAGCUGCAAGAGAAAUGCUUUUAUGAUGCUCAUUCAUGCUGAUCAGGACCGAGCCUUGGAUUACCUUAGUACCUGCAUAGAUCAGGUUCAUACAUUCGGAGACAUCCUUCAGUUGGUUAUUGUUGAGCUGAUUUACAAGGUAUGUCAUGCCAAUCCUUCAGAAAGAGCUCGGUUCAUCCGCUGUAUCUACAAUCUUCUGCAAUCAUCCAGUCCUGCAGUGAAAUAUGAAGCAGCAGGAACAUUAGUGACUCUCUCCAGUGCACCAACUGCAAUUAAGGCUGCUGCUCAGUGCUACAUUGAUCUGAUUAUUAAGGAGAGUGAUAACAAUGUGAAGCUGAUUGUCCUUGAUCGUCUUAUUGAAUUAAAGGAGCAUCCUACUCAUGAACGUGUGCUACAGGACCUGGUAAUGGACAUCCUCCGAGUUCUGAGCACUCCAGAUUUAGAAGUGCGCAAGAAAACCCUGCAGCUUGCCCUUGAUCUUGUUUCUUCGCGCAACGUGGAAGAGUUGGUUAUUGUUCUCAAAAAAGAAGUUAUCAAAACAAAUAAUGUGACAGAGCAUGAAGACACAGACAAGUACAGACAGCUGCUUGUCCGAACAUUGCACUCCUGCAGCGUCCGCUUCCCUGAUAUGGCAGCAAAUGUUAUCCCUGUGUUGAUGGAGUUCCUGAGUGACAGUAAUGAGGCAGCUGCUGCUGACGUGCUAGAGUUUGUGCGAGAAGCCAUCCAGAGGUUUGAUAACCUCAGGCCCCUUAUCAUUGAGAAGAUGCUGGAAGUCUUCCAUGCUAUAAAAACUGUGAAGAUUUACAGAGGUGCCCUUUGGAUCCUGGGAGAAUACUGUAAUACAAAGGAAGACAUUCAGAGCGUCAUGACCGAGGUCCGAAGGUCUUUGGGAGAGAUCCCCAUAGUGGAGAAUGAGAUCAAGAAAGAAGCAGGUGAAGUCAAAUCUGAAGAGGAGGUAUCAGUGGCACCUACUCAGAAACUGGUUACAGAAAUGGGCACCUAUGCCACACAGAGUGCUCUCAGCAGCUCACGGCCAUCCAAAAAGGAUGAGGAUAGACCCCCUCUGCGAGGGUUUAUGAUGGAUGGAGAUUUCUUUGUUGCUGCUGCGCUAGCUACAACUCUUACCAAGGUUGCCCUGCGGUAUGUGGCCAUUGUGCAGGAUAAAAGGAAACAUAAUGCCUUCAUCGCUGAGGCUAUGCUGAUCAUGGCCACCAUUCUGCACCUUGGGAAGUCAUCCCUUCCCAAGAAGCCGAUCACAGAUGACGAUGUGGAUCGUAUCUCCCUGUGCCUCAAGGUGUUGUCUGAGUGCUCUCCCCUGAUGAAUGAAAUCUUUAACAAAGAGUGCAGGAAAUCUCUCUCCCACAUGCUGUCUGUGAAACUUGAGGAGGAGAAGCUCUCUCAAAAGAAAGAAUCUGAGAAGAGGAGUGUAACAGUACAGGCAGACGACCCCAUCUCCUUCAUGCAGCUCACAGCUAAGAAUGAGAUGACAUCAAAAGAAGACCAGUUCCAGCUGAGCCUGCUCGCAGCCAUGGGCAACACUCAGAGGAAAGAAGCAGCUAACCCCCUGGCUUCCAAACUCAAUAAGGUCACCCAGCUGACGGGUUUCUCAGAUCCAGUCUAUGCAGAAGCCUAUGUUCAUGUGAAUCAGUAUGAUAUUGUACUGGAUGUGCUUGUUGUCAACCAGACCAGUGACACACUGCAAAACUGCACACUAGAACUGGCCACACUAGGAGAUUUGAAACUGGUGGAAAAACCAUCCCCUCUCACUCUGGCACCACAUGAUUUUGCAAACAUAAAGGCAAAUGUUAAAGUGGCUUCUACAGAAAAUGGCAUCAUAUUUGGUAACAUUGUAUAUGAUGUUUCUGGUGCAGCCAGUGACCGAAACUGCGUAGUCCUGAGUGACAUUCAUAUAGAUAUUAUGGACUACAUUCAACCUGCAUCUUGCACAGAUGCAGAGUUCCGUCAAAUGUGGGCUGAAUUUGAAUGGGAAAACAAGGUAACAGUUAAUACCAAUAUCGUAGAUCUCAAUGAGUAUCUGCAACAUAUCCUUAAGUCUACCAACAUGAAGUGCCUGACUCCAGAAAAGGCUCUUUCUGGCUUUUGUGGUUUCAUGGCUGCCAAUCUGUAUGCUCGUUCCAUAUUUGGAGAAGAUGCUCUCGCUAACGUCAGCAUUGAGAAACCAAUCCACCUUGGACCAGACGCACCAGUCAACGGGCACAUUCGUAUCCGAGCAAAGAGUCAGGGAAUGGCGCUUAGCCUUGGGGAUAAGAUCAACCUGUCUCAGAAAAAAUCAAAUGCGUAAAACCUUUUAAAUUCACUUUUAGAUAUUGUGACAAGUCUGGUUGAGAAUAUUUUUUACUUGUGUAUAUCUAUAAUCUUGGAUGACAAUUGCUUUAAUGCUAAAUACUCCAAUGCUGUUAUGUGUAGCUGUCCAUGAGAUUAUUAACAGUGUUUCUUUGUCUUCUCCAUUGUCUUAUAAAACAUGUGUAUCUCUGAGUUCACCAUGCAAUAAAUAUAUAGAUUAAGCUUGAA